AUGGGUAUGAAUGCGGGACAGUGCGGUUUACUAAUAGGCACAAGACCAUUCGUCGAGUUCUUAUCGGCACCUUUUUGGGGUGGCUUAGCGGACAGGUGGCAGAAAGGCUGGACUCUCUUGCUGGCUUCCCUGAGUGCUUGGAUAAUAUUUACUUUACCCUUGAGCUGGGUACAGCCCGCAGCAGUGUCGUGUGUGCAGCCGGUGAACGACAGCGUUUAUCGCUUGGUGUCACCCAAGUACGACGACGAUUGGCCGACUGCCACAAGGCACUUCCGCGGCCCUUCUGCCGGCCGCGAGGGCUCGCCUCUGUCAGUCUCCGAUGCGAUCAACUAUGACCCGGAAGCUAACGCAAAUUGGGUUACCCCUCUUCACUCGUAUAUAGUUUAUAGCACACCCGACAUUCAGAAAACCUUUUUCCUCCUUUUACUCCUUGUUGUAAUUGGAGAAUUCUUCAGUGCCCCAGCUAUAACCUUAGCCGAUUCUGCAGUUAUCACAUUACUUGGAGAAGACGCCGACAGAUAUGGCCAUCAACGGAUGUUCGGGUCCUUGGGUUGGGGUCUCGCGAUGUUUUUCGUGGGUAUUGCAUUGGACCACAGCACAGCCUUCAGCACUCACCCAUGCGGAGGACCACAGCGUUUUGAGAAGAAUUACACCAUCUGCUUUGCUACUUUCUCUGUACUCAUGGGCGCAGCACUUAUUACUGCCACGCAGAUUAAAUUCAAAUAUGAAACAAUCAGCAUAGAAACACCUCCAGCACCCGUCUCCACUGAGCCAACUCACGAGGAGCGCCUGCAACAACAGCUGGCCGAACAACUGCAACUUCCCGGCCUGGACACUAGCGCGCCAGCUCCGCGCCAACCAGCGAUAGAACAUGCCAAGGUGUUUGCGCAAACUACGCGAGAGAUGCCGGAGUGGGUGACUGUGCUUCGACAAUUCCAAAAUGUGAAAGCCGCGUCCUUCCUCCUCGUCGCUUGGUUCAUGGGUUUCGGCAUCGGUCUAAUCUUUACGUUCCUCUUCUGGCAUUUACAGGACAUCGGGGGAUCCCCAACGCUCUUUGGCGUAGCUUCGGUCAUCAAUCACAUUUCGGAAAUCUUUGCCUACUUCUUUAGCUUCAAACUUAUUACUCAGAUGGGACAUGUUAAGGUACUAUGCCUGGGCUUGGCCGGUAACGUGGUGCGCUUCUUGUACAUCUCGUGGCUCACGUCGCCGUGGUGGGUGCUGCCCUUCGAGUUCGUGCAGGGCGUGACGCACGCCGCGGUGUGGGCGGCCUGCUGCUCCUACAUCGCCCACGGCGCGCCGCCCAACCUACGCUCCUCCGCCCAAGGCGUGCUGCAAGGCCUGCAUCACGGGCUGGGUCGCGGAUGCGGGGCGGUGAUCGGGGGCAUCGCGGUGGCCAAGUGGGGCACGAAGCGCACGUUCGCGGGCUACGGGCUGCUGUGCGGCGUGGCGCUGGCCGCCUUCGCAUUCGUGAACUUCCGCGGCGGCGAGGAGCCCCCGGCGGGCGGUGCGGCCGACGAGGAGGCGCGCGCCGUGGCGGAGGCGGGCGUGCUGGCGCCGCACGGCGUGCCGUCCAACCCGCUGCCUCGCGCGCUCUCCUCCACGCGCCUCGCCGACCUCGCGCACCACGACAACUACGGGGCCACUCAGAGCUAUAGCGGCGCGGAGAGCCUGAGCGUGCCGGGCGCGGCGCCCGCGCGUCCCAGCAACCCCUUCCUCGCGGAGCCGGCCUACAGA